CAGACAGCAAACAGGAACCAACUACCUCAGAAAAAGAUGAGAAAAGCAAUCCAUCACAGACAAAACCAGAACCAAUCAGAAAGGCUGGUAAAAGAAAGGGCACAGACAGCAAACAGGAACCAGCUACCUCAGAAAAAGAUGAGAAAAGCAAUCCAUCACAGACAAAACCAGAACCAAUCAGAAAGGAUGGUAAAAGAAAGGGCACAGACAGCAAACAGGAACCAGCUACCUCAGAAAAAGAUGAGAAAAGCAAUCCAUCACAGACAAAACCAGAACCAAUCAGAAAGGCUGGUAAAAGAAAGGGCACAGACAGCAAACAGGAACCAGCUACCUCAGAAAAAGAUGAGAAAAGCAAUCCAUCACAGACAAAACCAGAACCAAUCAGAAAGGCUGGUAAAAGAAAGGACACAGACAGCAAACAGGAAACAACUACCUCAGAAAAAGAUGAGAAAAGCACAGUCAAAAUUCCUGCUACACAAAAUCAGCUGACAGUCACAGUAGACCAGGGGAAAGAAUCACGUACACUGGUAUGACAACAUAUCACAAAGUAUUAUUACAAUAAUGUUUUUCAACCAUUUUGUUGUCAUUUAAAAAAGAAUUCCUUUACAGACAAAAACACUGUGGGAACAAGGUCAGACUGAACUUGUGGUGUCAGUGAUAAAGUCACAGGACCAGUGUUUUACUCUGCGGCAUUCUGAAUUUCUGACCUUACGCCCACAAGAACUGAUCUGUGGUGAGGUCAUCGAAGCUUACAUGCGAGCUACCCUUAACCAGUACGACCCUGCUCAUCGAAUCUUUCAAAUAGGCCAUUACACAAACGGUGUAAUUCUUGGAGGUUCAAGCGAGCAAAUGAAUCGACACCUGAUGCGAAAAACAAAAACACUGUGGGAACAAGGUCAGACUGAACUUGUGGUGUCAGUGAUAAAGUCACAGGACCAGUGUUUUACUCUGCGGCAUUCUGAAUUUCUGACCUUACGCCCACAAGAACUGAUCUGUGGUGAGGUCAUCGAAGCUUACAUGCGAGCUACCCUUAACCAGUACGACCCUGCUCAUCGAAUCUUUCAAAUAGGCCAUUACACAAACGGUGUAAUUCUUGGAGGUUCAAGCGAGCAAAUGAAUCGACACCUGAUGCGAAAAGUGAACCUGGAUACCUUUGACGCUGCUGUGUCAUUUGUUAAUGUAAAUAACAACCACUGGCGUUUCGUGUACCUUCAUGCGCCUUUAAGGACUUUAUUUGUGAUGGAUCCUGCCACUGCAGAACAAGAUUUUCACCUCUCCACAACUGCUGUUCAGCGUUACAACCGCUACUUUCAGAUGCGGCAGAACGUCUAUGGGAAACAGGUGUGGAGCAGUAUAAAGUGGAAAGCUGCAACUACUCCACACCCAGUCCAAAAAGAUUCCACAAGCUGCGGAGUCUUUGUGAUGCAGAUGGCUAAAGAGGCAAUCAAAUCCUUCCCGGCGAUACCUUCAUUCACCAUGAAGACUACAACAAGAGCUAUGAGUCGUCUCCGUGCAGAAAUGGCAGCGGAAUUACUGUCCGCAUCUGAGGAAGACUACUGUUCAAUGUGUGGCCUGGAAGAUGUGCCAAGGGACACAAAUAUCAACGCUGUUGUAAUUGACUGGACCAAAUGUGACUCAUGCAGAAGAUGGUUCCACGAUUUCUGCAUUCCUGCAACCGGAAUGAUUUGUCCAGAUCAGUUAUUCAAACACUGUGGGAAAGUGUUCUUCUUUGCCACGAUGCCCUCAUUCAAUGUGGUGGAGUUUGUGGAUGAAAUUGACCCUGAUGGCUGCAAGAAGGUGGACAUCAUUCCAACAACAUGGUUCGAGGGCGGCACGGAAAAUUAUGCUGGUGGCCACCAGGCCACAUUGCUCUACGAACGCUGUGAAAGAGGGCACACCACCAGCUCAAAACUGGAUUCUGUGACAAGGUCAAAACUCUUCCAGAGUCAGAGCAAGCAACUAGAAUCAAGAGAGCAUUCUGAUUCAGAGGACGAACUUCCACCCACUCCCCCAGAAAAACUCCUUUGGCCAGCAGCAAAUAAAAUGACCAGCCGGAUCACCAUCCCCACUGCCCAGCGAGUCGCCAGUUCCACUGUCCAGCAGAUCACCAGCCCCACUGCCCAGCGAAUCGCCAGUUCCACUGUCCAGCAGAUCGCCAGCCCCACUGCCCAGCGAGUCGCCAGUUCCACUGUCCAGCAGAUCGCCAGCCCCACUGUCCAGAGGUUUGCAAGCCCCAGUUGUGAAGCAAUGUUCUCUAAACUUCUUACAAUUGUAGAAGAAAUUAAGGAGACCCAGAAGGUUCAUGGUAAGAUGCUAAAUGUCCUGCUGAAGAAGCAAGAUACAUCAGUGAUGGAGGUUCCUGAUGGUGUGGUCUUCCCGCUACAAACUCAAGCAGAUGUUGAGGCGCUUGAGGAGCGACUGGGGGACCGCAGUCUAAUGUCUGCUGUUGUUGCCAUGGUUGCAGAUAUAGGGGGCACAAAUGUAGAUGAUGCAACGAGGCGAAUGAUGAAAUGCAUACUGUCAAAUGAGCUGGCAUUGGACUAUAACAUGUUUGGCCGGCCACGGGAAAAAAGAAGUUUAAGGACUUUUCACACGUGUUGGUGUUGGGCUCGACAGUUCAAGUGUUUCACUCGUAUUUGA